AUGGAAUCGGGCACGUAUCGACAACCACCGUCCUUUUUGAAUCGGUUCGCCAGUUGCCUGGUCUUGACAGUGAUGUUAUUGCUUGUCGUUUCGGGAGCGAUCGGGUUCAUGUUUGCGACGUCCCAGCCGCUUACCGAUAUCGAGCUAAUAUCGAUGGACCAUGUCGUUGCGAGCGAGCAGGAGUUGAUGCUCGACCUCACGAUCAGGGCGAAGAAUCCCAAUGUGGUGGUUGUGGUGGUGGAUGCGGCGGAUAUCGAAGUCUUUGCCAAGUCGCCGCAUGCUGGCACCGACUCGGAAUGGUAUCGGACUCACCCUGGCGACAUGCCGCCUCUGGAGAGCAGCAAGGAAGAGGUACGAAUAAGCAAAUCAGGAGAUCUAGUCAAGAUCCUAGACGACCCGCCAAACGACCAACCGCCCGAGGAAUCAUCCCCCAAUAUGCGCCUCGGCACCAUCACAGGCUUCAACAGCGCCCUGACCUUCGAAGGCUCCUUCUUCCACCAGGGUCUGUCCACAUCUAUGGGUGAAGUCCGUCUGAAGAACCCCGGCAACGUGACAGUGGGCGGAACUGAGAGGUGGGAGCGUAUCAUAGCGGAUGACUUUCAACUCAUCAUCAAGGGUGUGCUAAAGUAUACCCUGCCGCUGAGCCAGAGGGUCCGAACGGCUGCGAUUUCGGGGAAGACCACGGUCAAGGCGAAUGCGGCCAAUGAUCGGGAUCCAAGGAAGCCGCCGGAGCAAGCAAAGCCGAUAGAGGAUGUUGGCGGUGGCGGUGGGAGAAUUGGAGGUGAUGAUAACGACCACGAUGACGUUUCUAUUUCCUUUCAAUGA